AUGAGUAGUCGACGAACAACAUUAUUUGUAGCCGGUUUUGGAUCUCAAAUCCGUGCAAGAGACUUGGCAUAUGAGUUUGAAAGAUAUGGACGUUUAAUCCGAUGUGAUAUUCCUGCUCCCAGAAGUUAUCAAUCUAAACCUUAUGCAUUCGUUGAAUUUGAAGAUGAAAGGGAUGCUGAAGAUGCUUAUUAUGAAAUGCAUGGUCGUAGAAUUUAUGGCUAUACAUUGAAUAUUCAGUGGGCUAAAAAUGCACCAUCUAGAUCUUGGCGAUAUGAGAGUGGUAGAACUUCACCUCGUCGUCGUCGAUCUACAACCCCACCAUCACGUCACAGAAGACCAGAAAUAGAUCAAAAACUAGAUCAAGAUCUCCUUCUAAGUCGCUCUCCUCGCUCUGAUACACGUAGAAGCCGUUCUCCUCGUUCUAGAACACCAGAAAAGGAAAGAACAAAUGGCGAAGAAAGAGCUGAGGGUAAAAAAUCUCGUAGUAGAUCUAUAUCACCACCAUCAAAGGUUGAUGAGAUGAAAUGCGAUCCAGAUUCACCAUCAUCUAGACCUAAUAACGACACCAGAGAAAAAUCUUUAUCCCCAAAUGGUCCAGUUGCUCCAAGUUCUGAAUCUCCUCCUCCUGAUCGUAGUUCUCAAUCCGGAAGUCCAGCAAGAGAUUAA